UGCUUGAAUUGGAAGUUUACCUUGCUAAUUAAAACAUGUUACAUGUGCUUCCUUGUACCAAAAAGAAAAAAAGAAAAAAAGGGUUAGAUGCGCAACAAAAUUUUGGAAAUUCACGAGUGCUUUGCUUGUUGCUGCUACUCAAAUUGAUCAAAUAUUUCUCGCAUUUCUUGCUAGGGACGGCAAAUUCAUCAAUUUCCUGGGAUAAGGUAUCAGAAGAGAGAGAUUUUCUUCAAAGAGUUUUCAGAAACGAGAGGGUUGACAAGCAAGUUUCAGAGCCUGCUAUUCUUGAAUCACACACUAGAUAUUGUGCAGUUAUUCAUGGAUUUGAAUAUUAUUAAAAGAUUGUUGGAUUGGCCAAGGGGAAGUAGACAAUACUUGGAGGGUGUUGGUGGUUUUCUUGAUUUUGCAUUCAGGAACCCAAUUUGUUCUGAGAGCAAAAUUUGGUGCCCUUGUGUGAAGUGUGUCAAUAGAAGUAAGCUGAGUCGGGAAGAAGUUUACGAGCAUUUAGUAUGCAAUGGAAUGCUUCGUGGUUAUCGACAAUGGACAUUCCAUGGUGAGCAAAUAGAGCAAAACACAUCCUCUCCUAGACAUAGCGUAGAAGAUGAUUAUAGCAAGCAUGUGGAUACGCAUCAACUACUACCUGAUGUGUUUGGAUGUGGAGAAGACGAUUCGAUGCCUUGUCCAUCGGAUUCCAUGGAUACACCAACACACAAUUUAAAUGUGGAAGCUGAGAAUUUUUAUAACUUACUCAAAGAUGCAGAUCAAGAGUUGUGGCCAGGGUGUGAAUUGACAAGACUUUCAUUUCUUGUCCUUCUAUUUUAUACGAAAUGUACAAACAAAUGGAGCAACAAAUCCUUUACCAACUUGCUUGAGAUUUUGCAGCUGGCAAUACCUAAUGGUAAAAGCUUACCCAAAUCAUUUAAUGAGGCAAAGAAGAUUAUAAAGAAACUAGGCCUCGGAUAUAAAAAUAUUCAUGCUUGCCCGAAUAAUUGUCAACUAUAUUGGAAAGAUAAGGCUGAUGAUGACACUUGCUCUAUUUGUGGAGCUUCAAGGUGGAAGAAGUUUAACGAUCGAACUACUUUGGCUAGGAAGAAAAAAAAGAAGGGUACUCCCGCUAAAGUCUUGCGCUACUUUCCUUUGAAACCUAGACUUAAAAGGUUAUAUAUGUCGAAACAUACAUCAACUUUGAUGAGAUGGCACGAAACAGAUCGCAUGAAGGAUGGCGCGUUGAGACAUCCUGCAGACUCUGAAGCUUGGAAAAGUUUUGAUUUCAAUCACCUCGAGUUUUCCUCCGACUCACGUAAUGUUAGGCUUGGAUUAGCUACAGAUGGUUUUAAUCCGUUUGGAAAGUUAAGUUCAAGUUAUAGUUGUUGGCCAGUUGUUCUAAUACCAUAUAACUUGCCUCCUUGGAUGUGCAUGAAGGCAACAUCCUUUAUUCUUUCUUUACUCAUUCCUGGGCCAAGUGGGCCCGGAAAUCAUAUUGAUAUCUACUUGCAACCUCUUAUCGAAGAAUUGAUGGAGUUAUGGGAGGUUGGAACAGACACUUAUGACUCCUCUUGUGGUGAAACAUUUCGACUCAAGGCGGCACUUUUGUGGACAAUUAAUGAUUUUCCUGCAUACGGAAAUUUGUCGGGGUGGAACGUACAUGGAGCGUUUGCCUGCCCUUGUUGUAAUAUAGACACUUUCUCCAAACGGUUAUCACAUGGUCGCAAAUAUUGCUUCAUGGGUCAUCGGCGUUUUCUAGAACCAAACCAUAAGUUUCGUUAUAAUAGAGACUCUUUUGAUGGCACUGAAGAAUAUGGUCACGCACCCGCGAUACCUACUGGGACUAUGAUAUUGCGUCAACUAGAGAAGAUUACUGACUUUGAUGAUUCACAGACAUGGAAGAAGAAGAGUAUAUUUUUUACGUUGCCUUAUUGGAAAUCUAAUUUAUUAAGGCAUAACCUUGAUGUCAUGCACAUAGAGAAGAACGUGUCUGAAAAUGUCUAUGGUACAUUGUUAAGUAUAGAAGGCAAGUCGAAGGACAAUUUGAAUGCUCGUCUUGAUUUGCAAGAAUUGAAUAU